AAAAAAAGAGAAAAGGGACUUGUAAUGGCAUCAAACAAAUAUGACAUGAAGCCAAUUCACAGACACCAGGGUUUAAGUCAACUACAAAAGACUUCCAAUUCUUUCUGACUGAGUCCCCACCAUAAGCAUGCUUAGACAAGCAUCAUCAUUCUACAAAAAUUUUAAUCAAUUUUCCAAUGUUGGCUUUAUGCUAAUUAAAAGUCUUUAUGGUGAUCAAGAAACACACACAUUUGUUUCUGAUUAGAAAGAUUGCUGUUUCUUAACCAAAACAAACAAAACAUGAGCUUUUCUAUUAGUAUUAUCUGGUUAGUUCUCAGCUUGUAUUUUUCACCAUCCAUGGUUCUUUGCAGCUUACACAACUAUACUACUAAUUCUUUGGAUGCUUUUCUUCAAGAUUCUGCUUUCAAGACUCUAGUCCAUCACCGGCCGCAGACUGGUGCUCUGUACAAAGCUCUUCUUCCUGCAAACCUUUCAGGCAUGGAGGUUUCUAUUGUACGUCUUCGAAGCCGCAGGUUAUGGAAUAUUGGUGCUAAUUUUAGCAAUUUUCAGAUUCCUUCAAGAACCAAUACAAUGCCUCAUGUGAAGAGAAUGGCUAUAGUAUAUCAAGAUUUGGGAAAUUGGUCUUCUCAUUAUUACAAUGUUCCAGGCUACUCUAUUGUAACUUCUGUUGUUGGGUUUAAGGUUUUUAACGCAUCAAAUGCAAGAGAUGACAUUGUUAAGAGGAUUAGUCUUAAUACAGGAGGAAGGAGUAUCGUAAUUCAUUUCUCUAAUUUGACAUUUCUUGAAAGAAUGGUCAAAGGGAUCAAAUGCGUAGCAUUUAGUGAAAAUGGGACAUUUAAGCUUAGUGAAAUGAACAAGAUCAAUAAUGUAUGUUAUUCUCAAGAUCAAGGUCACUUCUCUGUUGUGGUUCCUUUCGAGAAGGAGAGCCAGAGGAAGCAGAGGAGGCUGUGGUAUUUAUGGAUACUAGGGUUUUUAAUUGGUAUUGGAGGACUUGCUUUGGUGGGUUAUUUUGGAUUUGUGUCUAAAAAAUUUUUGAAGACACAAAAGAUUCAAGUAAUGGAAAGACAAGCUGAUGAAGAUUUGGUUCUUGAAACCAUAUGGGUUGGUAAUAGUAAAAUGCCUUCUGCAACAGUAACAAGAACUCUACCAACUAUUGAACAUGGAGAUUUUCCUUAGAUCUCUAAUGGUCUUUCUUUGCCUUCUUUUCUUUUUAGCUUCUGUGUUCUUGUUCCCUCUCCUGCUUCUUUUUUUUCUGGGUUAGAGCCUGAGGUAUAAGAUGUGAGGUUUAAUAAAUAAUUUGUUCAUACUUCAUUUUGCCCUGAAUAGUAAAUAGUAGUUGACUGUGCAUUAUCGAGGUAA